AUGAUAGCGAGCGUCUGCGAGCACGAAUUAGCCGGUGUGUACACAGGACCGGGUGUGCGUCGACCGGGUUUCCACCAGAGUAGCAUUCCACUUCGACCAAUUUGGGAGGAGCCAGGUUUUCAACCACUGGAACGACCCCGAUGGGAGACUCCCACAUAUGGGAGACAAAGCCUGCCGGUGCCUUCACCGAUUGGCCCUGGAGUCGUCGGAGUCCCCAGUGUACUAGCUAAGGCCAACGAAUCCCUUGUGGCCCAACUUGGAAUCGGAAGAACUGAACCCUUCUACUACGUCUUUAACCUCACUGCUUAUGGAAUAUAUAUUCAACCAUGGAAGUAUCCUGAUUUCCGCAAUAUUCAGGAGACCAUUAAGACACAAGCGAGGUUUAAGAUCUUCUGUUCAGCGGUGAAGACAGCCGGAUCUUUGUAUGGAUGUGGCUUGGGAGGUGCGCUUCUAGUGGACAUUGGACUGUCCCUUUUCAUGAUAGUGAUGACCGGUUACAAGACUCGACUGAAAAUGUUGAAGGAAUUAAGCGAGUAUAAACAGGCGGCUUCAUUUCGACGUUCCAAUGACAACGUCAACUCUCUUUAG